GGCGGCUUUUGUAAUCGGUGCGGCCGCGCCGAGGUGGUGGCCCUAUAAAAGUCCUCGACUCUCAGACCCAAGCAUCAUUCCUCAAGGAACGCAUCCAACAACCAACAACCAACAUGCACGCCGCUACCUUCUUCGCCCUGGGCGCCGCCCUCGUGGCUGUUGCCAACGCCGGCCUGGUGCUCGCCCCCGUGGCCUCCAACUACGCGUACCCAAAGUACAGCUUCAACUACGGCGUCAACGACCCGCACACCGGCGACCAGAAGAGCCAGUCUGAGACCCGCGACGGAGACGUCGUCAAGGGACAGUACUCGCUGGUGGAGCCCGACGGCAGCAUCCGCACCGUCGACUACACCGCCGACUCCAUCAACGGCUUCAACGCCGUCGUCACCAAGUCCGGACACGCCGCCCACCCCGCUCCCCUGCUCAAGGCCGCCCCCGUCGUGCACGCCCCCGUGGUGCACGCCCCCUUGGUGCAUGCCCCCGUGGCCCACGCCUACCCCAGCUACCCCUACGCCGGAUACGCCGCCUCCCCUCUGGCCUACUACUAAAUUAAUUAAAGUUCUUAAUUCGCCGGCCCUUUGAUCUGGCGCACUCAUCAUCAAUGUAAUAUAGCCAUUCUCACGCGAAUGUGUGUCCAUCCACACGACUAUCGUGUUUUGUAUGUUGUAAAAAUGACACCGUCUUGUAAUAAAACCUCACGAGAAAAAUGAA